AACUCACUUGUCAACUCACUUCACAUUCGCUGUGAAAAGGACAGGGCGUAUGGGGGCUGAACUGAAGAUGUGCUGAAAAGCAGUGGAAGUGCAAUGCCCAUCACUCAAUACAUGGUGCAUGGGAAAAAUGUCACCCAAUAGUGGUCACAGAAGGAAUGGCACCUCCAAAAUACGGCUGACAAUAUUAUGUGCCAAGGAUCUGGCCAGGAAGGAUUUCUUCAGGUUGCCGGACCCGUUCGCUCGGAUCAGCGUGGACGGCUCUGGCCAGUGCCACUGCACGGAGACGUGCCACGCUACGCUCAGUCCCAAGUGGAACAAACACUUUGACCUCUACAUCGGCGAGAAUGACACGAUUGUGGUGUCGGUGUGGAACAACAGGAAGGUGCACAAGCGGCAGGGCGGCGGCUUCUUGGGCUGCGUCCGCAUCCGGUCCAACGUCAUCCAGCAGCUCAAGGACACCGGCUACCAGCAGAUGGAGCUGCGCAAGUCGAGCAGCCAGGACGCCGACUACCUGCGUGGAAAGGUCAUCCUGUCACUGCUGUCCCGGGACGGGAACGGCGGCAACGGCGGCAGUCACAACGUGGUGGUCAACACCCAGGGCAUGAUCAGCGCCCUCUCCAUACAGGACGAGCUGGCAGAGGGCUGGGAGGAGCGGUGCGCGCCCAACGGCCGGCCCUACUACGUCAACCACGUGACACGCUCAACGCAGUGGGAGCGACCGCAGCGGCCGGCGCUCGAGGCGGCGCUGGUCUCGCCGGCCGCCGGCGAGGGCGAGCAGGAGCGGGGCCGGCGCUCCUCACCCUCUCCCGGCGAGUGCCCGCCGCGCCGCUCGUCGACGGAGAGGGGGGAGAGGCGCUCGCAGCGGCGGCGGCACCAGCACUACCUGAGCAGGAACCAGCUGCACCAGCCCGACGACCUACCCGACGGCUACGAGAUCCGUACCACGUCUCAGGGCCAGGUGUACUACUGGCACGUGCCGUCGGGCCGCGCCACGUGGCACGACCCGCGGCUGCCCCGUGGCGAGCAGGCGGCGCCGCCGGCCUCGGCCGAGCUGCCGCCGCUGCCCGCCGGCUGGGAGAUGCGGCUCACUGACUCGGGACGCGUCUACUUUGUGGAUCAUGUCAACAGGACGACCCAGUUUGCCGAUCCCCGUCUGACGACGACCACGGGCGGCUCGGCGAGGCAGUCGCGGCUUAUUGAGGAACCGGCGCCCGCGACUGAGCCGGCGGCGGACCCUGCCGUCCAGUCGCCGCCCUACUCCACCCUCCCCGGCGGGGGCAGUCGGGCGGCCCCGGCGCCCACCGAGCCCCCGCCUCUCCCGGCCCGUAACCCGGCGGCGCCACCGGCCCCGGCGCCCGCACCGGCCCCGCUGCCAGCAGCCGGCGGCGCCACGGACGGCGGCCAGCCGGAGAUCCUUCCCAAGUACCGGCGGGACCUGGUGGCCAAGAUGAAGGUACUGAAGGCUGAGCUGAGUACCCUCCAGCCGCAGUCUGGUCACUGUCGGCUGGAGGUCAGCCGAGACGAGGUCUUCGAGGAGUCGUACCGUCUCGUGAUGAAGAAGACGCCCAAGGAGCUGCGGAAGCGGCUGAUGGUCAAGUUCCGCGGCGAGGAGGGUCUCGACUACGGCGGCGUGGCGCGCGAGUGGCUGUACCUGCUGUCGCACGAGAUGCUGAACCCCUACUACGGCCUGUUCCAGUAUAGCCGGGACGACAUCUACACACUGCAGAUCAACCCCAACUCUGAGGUUAACCCGGAGCAUCUAUCGUACUUCCACUUCGUGGGCCGUGUGAUCGGGAUGGCCAUCUUCCACGGCCACUACAUCGACGGCGGUUUCACCAUGCCCUUUUACAAGAUGCUGCUCAACAAGCCGAUCGCCCUGCCGGAUAUCGAGCAGGUGGACCCGGACCUGCACCGGAACCUCACCUGGAUCCUGGAGAACAACAUUCAGGAGCACCUUCUGGAGAUGACGUUCAGCGUUCCUCACGACCACUACGGACACGUCACCGUCCGCGACCUCAAACCAGGCGGCCGUGACCUGCACGUCACAGAGGAGACGAAGCGGGAGUACGUGAAGCUGUACGUGCAGCUGCGCUUCAUGCAGGGCAUCGAGCAGCAGUUCCUGAGCCUACAGAAGGGCUUCACCGAGCUCAUACCGCAGACACUGCUCAAGACAUUCGACGAACGGGAACUGGAACUGCUCAUCGGCGGGCUGGGAAAGAUCGACGUCGAAGACUGGAAACAAAACACCAGACUCAAGCACUGCACUGCAGAGGACGAGGUGGUCCGGUGGUUCUGGCGGAUCGUCGACUCGUAUAGUGAGGAGAUGCGCGCCCGUCUGCUGCAGUUUGUCACCGGCAGCAGUCGGGUGCCGCUGCAGGGCUUCAAAGGUCUCCAGGGCUCGACGGGCGCCACGGGUCCGCGUCCGUUCACCAUCCACCUUAUCGACGCGCCGGCCGGCAACCUGCCCAAGGCGCACACCUGCUUCAACCGGCUCGACGUGCCCAAGUACCCCAGCUACGAGGUGAUGUACGACAAGCUUACGCAGGCGGUGGAGGAGACGUGUGGGUUCGCCGUCGAGUGAAGGAGCGGCCCGACUGGCCGUCUGUGAUAGCCUGCUCCUGGCCCGGGACCAACCGACUGACGCGGCUGCUGCACGCUGAGGGAUGGAGGUCGGUGUGCCACGGCGGUGAGCGGAUACUGCGGCGACUGAGGGCGACCAGAGGGCCCAGCGGGGGCGGUACUCAUGGCGCUUCUGGCGUGGCAGUUUCCACUGUUCUGGCUCUAUGCUGCUGGGGUGUCAAAGAAGUGACUCAGUUUGCUCAGGAGGCCGCAGAUAUAGCCGCGGAUCGGUCGACACAAGACGGAACUCUCUAUUUUUGUACGGUGUGACUGUGGAGUGCUGGGCUGCUGUGCCGGCCGGCUGAGGCGUCUGUCUUACAGACUCCUCUGCUCCAGUCUUUGCGCCAGUUUUGGGCACUCGGUGAGUCAGAGUCAGACUCUCGGAGUCACUCCAGGGCUGGAGUCGCGCAGCCAUGGUUCCACACUCCCAACCAUGCCCCGCGGUCGUCCGUUUUAUACCACACUGUGCUCUCUUCAAGUCGGAGGAGCCGGUGGUCCUCACCGAAUCACCUAUAAGCCUCUGGUGGCUAACCCAGUGCGAAUUUCACCGUUUGUGUGUUGUUGUUUUCGGUACGUGUGUGCCGACUUAGUCCUGUCUUUUUUGGGCGCGAUAUUACUGACAGAUGCGGAGAUGCACGAUUAGGUUUAUCAAUGUGACAGACUGGUGUGGCUCUAUGCUCGCUGAGGGAGACCAAAGACGUACAGAGCCCGUGUUGAUCUGCGUAGGCUGACCCACCCAGACCAAUGGGUCACGGCCGCUGCAGCGACUUCUGGUCCAAAUGGUUAUCUGGUUAUGUGCCGCCCUGAUCGAAUGCUGUUCUGUUUAGCCAAGGUUUGUUUUGGGGGAGAUUUUGGUGGUAUAAUGAUAGUGUGUGUGUAUGUAUGUGUGUGUGCGUGGCGGAGGUAGAGUGUGGAGAGAGAGAGAGAGAGAGAGAGAGAGAGAGAGAGAGAGAGAGAGAGAGAGAGAGAGAGAGAGAGAGAGAGAGAGAGAGAGAGAGAGAGAGAGAGAGAGAGAGAGAGAGAGAGAGAGAGACGCACAAUAUUCUCGUGUGGUCGUGUUUGGUGUUUGUGAGGGAGUGUAGGCUUAUGCAUCGAUGAGUGGCAUGUCUGUGUUGUUUAUGUGUAUGGCUGUACCUGCGUAUAACGGUGUACACCUGUGUUGUGCGUUUUUAUCAUUCAGUUCUAGUUCAUGUGUAUCUUUGCCGUGAAGUGAGACGGAAGCCUGCGAUGUGUCUGGCGCGGGGUGGUCAUUUCUCCCGUACACUGUUUACCCCCAGUCCUGGAUCAACUGAUAUGGCUACCAAUUCGCCCGUUAAUUGAACUGUCCGGCCCGUGGUCCACCGUUUGAAUCGUGCAGUCACACAGCCCCCGACUGCUGGCGCCAUCUCUGGGCGACCGUCGGAACUCACACUUCCAGCUGGAGCGCUGCCUUCCGGUCGGCCGAUCGACCGACCGGCAUCCACUGCCGCCGGGACCCGUCCUGGGCCCGGCCCGUCCCCAGGGGCCCGCCCGGGGCCCCCGGGUCACCUCUGGGGCGCCGUGUAUAGCCCCCAGUCCACUACACCCACCCUUCACACGUCUCCGCUCCUCCCCAACGGCAGGUGUCGGCCUAGUGGCUUUGGUUCCUCUGAUAACCACAUAAUCUUAACAGGAUUGCUCCGGCUGCUUUUUAUUUCAUGCCCCGUUAAAACUCGACAUAUUAUUGUAUAUCAUGGCAAUUUAUUGUACAUUCGAAAUUCGAUUCCAAUGUUACUUGAUGUGAUCCAGACGUGUGUGUUUAAUUACCGCCGCCCAUAAACCGAGUUCACCGUUUUGUGUGUCUAGGGAUACGUGAGCGCGUGGUCUGUCCGUGUGCCCUCUGUCCGUAUCUUCUGUCCUCUGUCUCUUAUGUUGUUCCAGUAUGCUGGCUGCUGAGGACAAUCAGCAUGGGCUUAGUAUGUUGUUGGCGAAUCUUGAGUGCAUUAUUUACUUGUUGUUCUGUAAGGUUUUCUUUGAGCUUUCCAUUGUGCUUUUCACAUGCACAAAAUGUGGGUUUACAGUUGAGUUAUUUCAUGCGUCACUAUUUCCAUAUUGUUUAACUAUCUUCUUGUCUACGCCACAAUCGUAAUGGCGGUAGUCCUGUCUGCUUCACUGUUUUUGACGCAGGCCUACCCUUGAAAGGCUGACUACGUCGUGUGCGUGAGCGUCAAAGCAAGUGUCGCGUUCUCAACUGCAGACAAGAGUGUUUUGUUUGUACGCAAACGUGCUCUCAAAGUAUGUGCACACAGACUUGUCAGGAGCGAUAACCGACCUACGGCACAAUUCUCUGGUCGCUGGCUGGCUAUGAUUCUUGAUUGUCCGACAUACGCUGGUCUUAGUAUAUUGUGUGCGAUUUUACUCACUUGUAACAUAACCCGUUUGGGACCGAUACGCACAAUCAUCUGUAGGUUAAAUCGGAAUGAUAUCACAAAUACGUGACGUAUUGUGUGAUGUCAUCAGGGCACUACAGAACGUGCGAGUGACGUCAUCAUGGAAGUAUGUCGUUGUUAUGCUAAAUGCUAUGUCUUAUGUAAGUAUCGCCGAUUUGUGCGUGUGUAUGUGUGUCGUCAUAGAUUCACAGUAUGUAAUGUUAUCUCGCAAUGGAGUUGUAUGCCGUCACGCGGCCUGUCUUCCGCCCCUUGUAAGACAUAUCUGAGACUGGCGGUGGGCGUACGUACGUUCGCCGGCCGCGGAGGUGUUUCGCUCGCUGGCCGGACGGCGCGUGUAAUCAGUGCGUGUGUGUGUGUGUGUGUGUGUGUGUGUGUGUGUGUGUGUGUGUGUGUGCUCUUUGUGUGCGUGUGGCGUGUGCUGCGUGAGAUCAACACAAUACAUACCAUCGGAACUCUA